AAGCAUCUGAGGCAAAGGGGCUCCUCCGACUCAGUUGCAGCCAGAUUUGGUGAACCCCACAAUCACCAGAUGACUGUCAGUGCGUAUUUUCCAACUGGCAAGAGGGAGUGAGAAGUAAAACCGAGAGAGAGAGAGAGACAGAGAGAGAGAGAGAGAGAGGAGGGAGUGAUAGUGUAUUACAGCGUGGAAGUGAGAGGGGAAAGAUAGUGAGAGACUUCCAGCGGAGCGGAGGAGGCGAGAGGCAACUUCACCGGAGGUUGUCACUGCGCACUGCCGAGCGGAGGAGAGAUCGCUUUGGAGCGCAGCAUGCAGGUUAAAAAGUGGACUGUGAAUGAAGCUGCUGAUUGAAGAAGAAGGAAAAAAACGCUCGAUUCACUAAUGGACUGCUAGUGAGAGAGAAAGAGCGCAGUGAGAGGCUGUGCCACAGUGGCAGGGAACGGACACCGGGGAAGAAGCUGAGGCAGAGGGGAAAGUUACCAACUGUGGAGAUGUAUUUCUAAUCGACUGUUUACACUCUGUUCGGACUAUUCAGAGUCAUUUCUGUACACUGGAUGCUUUUAUAGACGAAUCUCAGCUGUCCGUCCGGUGAUCCUGAUCCUGGUACCGCGGUUGGACCAUAACCAGCUCGGUCGGAGCAAGAAUCUUUCCACGCAGACACAAUCAGCGGCUAGAGCGACUAAAAAUGUCAUCGUUAUACCUCAUCUUUUGCCUUAUGGUCACAGCAGCCACCCAAGCGGCCUACUUCUCCCAGCAACCCCAGGACCAGGUGGUUGUAUCCGGUCAGUCGGUGACUCUACCGUGUGUCAUUGUGGGCUACAGAGGAAUGGUACAGUGGACCAAAGAUGGCCUUGCACUGGGUGGAGAGAGAGACCUACCAGGCUGGACGCGCUAUUCCUUAAUGGGCGACCCGCUAUCAGGCGAGCACAGCUUGCUGAUCGAUUCAGCAGAGUUGGCGGAUGACGCGGUGUAUGAGUGUCAGGCUACACAGGCGGCGCUGCGCUCCCACCGUGCCAAGCUCACUGUACUAGUUCCUCCUUCUGACCCUGUGGUGGAAGGCGGCCCUGUUGUACGUCUUAAGGCCCACACACCACACAACCUCACCUGCAGAGCCUCGGGAGCCAAACCUGCUGCUGAGAUCACCUGGUACAGAGAUGGAGAGGUCAUGGAGACUGCAAUUUAUUCCAAGUCACUAAUGGAGGAUGGGAAGAGGGAGGCGGCUGUCAGUAUGCUUCCAAUCGUCCCGGAGGACAGCGAUUCUGGACGCACCUACACCUGCAGGGUUCUUAACCCAGCUGCCCCUGCUGGACGACAGACAUCCAUCACUAUCAAUGUUCAGCACCCUCCUUCGGUGACUCUGUCAGUCCAACCUCAGACUGUGACAGAAGGAGCCAAGGUGCUCUUCAUCUGCUCUGCUUCAGCCAAUCCUGAAAUCACUGGAUACAGGUGGUCCAAAGGAGGAGUGCCCAUCUCCGAGGCAAACGGGGACAGCCUCGAGGUGACGGUGGACUACUCUUACUUCACCGACCCCGUCUCCUGCGAGGUGUCCAACUCUGUGGGCAGCACCAACGUCAGCACUCUGGUGGAUGUCCAAUUUGGCCCCAGACUGCUGUCGGAGCCUAAGCCCAUGACGGUGGAUAUCGGAAUGGAUGCUGCUUUUACCUGCGCGUGGACUGGGAACCCUCCUCUGACCCUGGCCUGGACCAAGCAAGGCUCCAGCGUGGUGCUCAGUAACGGUAACACCUUGCAGCUGAAGGCUGUUACCCAGGAGGAUGCUGGAACAUACACCUGCAAGGCCAUUGUACCCCGAAUUGGAGUUGCAGAAAGAGAUGUUGCUCUCACUGUAAAUGGUCCACCUAUCAUCACAGCAGAAGCCACACAGCACGCUGUCAAGCACUCCAAGGGCAAGCUGGAGUGCCGCGUGGGAAGCAGCCCCCCACCUGAUAAGAUUGUGUGGACCUUUGGGGACAUGAGCCUGUCGUCUGGCACCUCUGGUCGUUACUCAGUGCAGACGGUAACCAGCGACCACGGAGUUUUGUCGUCGUUGGUGCUAUCCGAGACUCUGGCGCAGGAUUUCCAGCUGCGCUACAACUGCACCGCCUGGAACCGCUUCGGCACCGGCACCGCGCUGGUCACUCUGAAGGAGCAAGAAGCCCUGCCUAUGUUAAUAAUAGUUGGCGGAGCAGUAGGCGGAGGCUGUGUCCUGCUCAUCUGUGUCAUCACACUGGUCUCCCUCUGCUGCAGGCACACAGGCAAAGGUGAGCUCAACGGUAAAAGGUGCACUCGUCUUUCCAAGAGUGACAUUAGAGUUCAGAUUGUUCACAGCGAUCACAAUGCGACGCGUGGAAACGACGACGAGGAGGAUGUCAAAGAACCCAUGGCUCCAAACAGCAGUGAGUCUCCUGGGACGUCGCGCACAGAACACAGCGACCUCCUGGAAGAGGAGGAGGACGAAAGAUCGGACAUCAAGGACCCCACCAAUGGCUACUACAACGUUCGCGGCCACGACGACCGCCACAUCCGCAGCAGUGGAUUUUCUGAAUACGUGCCCAAUUCUCGGCCAGUCUACACUCCGUCGCAGUUGCCCUCCCCCAGCCCGAUUUAUGGUCAGCACGGCACUCAGCCUCGUGUCUAUGACUUCUCCCACCGAUACGCCACCACCACAGCAGCCAGAACAUCGUACGAACAGCAGCAAGCGGCCCAGCAGCAGCCUGCCCAACCAGCGAGCAUUUACCCCACUGAUCCCCUCUACAGUGGCUCGGCUUACCUACCUGCCACCUACGGUCGCGCCUUCACCAGCUACGUCAAGCCCGCUUCCUACGAGAAGGUGGAUGCGUAUGACCAAUCAGAUCAGGCCAGCAAGGUGUCCAGCUCAUCUCGCUUCUCUUAUGCCUCCUCACAAGUGUCCUCCCAGCAGUCCGACUAUGGCCGGCCCUCACAACGUAUGCAGACUCAUGUCUGAUUGGACAAAAAGUGGGAAAGGGGAAGAUUACAGAAGCAGUGAGUAAAAUAACCAUUGUCACCACCACAUACAUGUGGCUGGACUAACAUGAACAGAGACUUUCUUUACUAAGACGGUCCUGCAAGGAUUUGUUUGGACAGUAUUUGGAGGGAGUUGUGAUUUAGGUUAUGGGAUAACCAACCAACCAACCUGAGAUGGACAGCAGGAUCUACAAUAAUGUUAACUGUAGAGCUCCUGAGCUGGAAAAUUCAGCAGAUUGCGAUGUUCAAGUCAAACACAUGAUGGACAUUACAGUGCGAUACCUCACUAAGUUAUCUCUACAUGAUGACCACCCAAACCUGUGGAGAUGUUCUGUGAGAGCGAAGGCCAACCGGAAAAUUCAAUAUGAAAAUGCAUCUCCUGAAUUUGGGUGGCCAAAACGCCUGGGGUAGCUGUUUACCUGCAUUCCAGAGUUUACUUUGUGUCAACACUAAACGUCAAGAUGACCUCUAAAAUCCUUUGAAAGAAGAUACCAGAAGCUAUUUGAGGAAAAAAAAGCGAUAUGACCAACCUUUUGUUGUUUGUCAUUUGGUGUUUUGUUGGCAUGCGAAAGGAAUUCUAAGCACAUUUGUGUCUCUAUCAUCAACAAAAGACUGAGCUAUCCACAGAGACAGACAAACUAUUCUGCACAACAGGCUAGCUGUACUGACCAACAAUUGCUACAGGCACUGAACUGUAUGAUGAGUCUAAUCAACGGAGGAAUACUUCUGGCCUGAGCUGUAUUCUUGGAGUUUCUUCUUAUAACAACCAUAACACAUUGGAUUUAGCAGAGUUGCUUACCAGUGGCUAAAAGAAGAUUUGAAGAGAAUGUGUAUUUUAGCCUUCAUUUUACUGGAGGACUCUGUCUUAACUGUGUGUUGUACCAGGAUGGACAAGGUAAGGCCAUGAAAACCCAAAGAUGGUAAAAUUGUAUUGGGGAAAACAUAGGGUUUGACACCUAAAACUGCUGUCUGACCCUUGGUAUUGUUGUCUGCUGUGUUUUCUGAUUGUAAAAUGAAGAGUAGGAUAUUACCUGAACAAUCAAAAGUUGAAGUUUUUAGAAAAUGGUGGCAAUCUUGAACUUGAAAUAAACUUGAAUGCAGUGUCAACUUCAGCAGGCUCAGGCGGGGUAAGACGUGUAAGGCAGUCCCGAUGUGGACGAUACACUCUCAAGUUCUACAACUCAAUCAAAUUGUCUCAACAUGUUUACAAGAAACAGUACUACCCUGAAACACUAAGUAUCUGUACAAAUGGCUGAGCCCAUACUUUCUCUCUGUUGCAUGCAAAAAUGAUGUGUCUAGUGAAACUCUUCAGCGUUUAUAUUCAUGUCCAUUUCAUGUUCGAGACAUUGGUUUCUGCACCUGUCCCGGUUGCAUUCCACUUCCUGGAUGUUUCAGUAUGGAUGCCUGUACUGCCAUUUGUCUAAAAAGCUGUUACCAGGCAGCCUAAUGUGAGAACAAAUGUCACUUAAAGUGAGAAGGCAAACAUCAUCGCUUGUCUUUAUUUUUAUAUUUUAUAUAAGCCUUAAAGUACAGCGUGUAAGCUGCUCUAUUGUAAAGUAUCUUUAUAUACAUAUGUAUCUAUCUUUGUUGAUUUAUUUGGAUCCACAGACUCUCUUGUCUAAGUUGUUCAUCAAUCAUUGAAUGCAGUUACUGCGCUUUUUUGGAACACAACUAAUUGCCAUUUGUUUGUUCAUUCUUUUAAUAAUGUAUUAAGAAUUUUAUUUGCUAAAAAUGAGCUAUUGUUGCUUGUACCUUUGUACACAUAUUUAUAUUUAAAUAAAACCAUUUCCGAUAAAGAA